CUGCUUAGAAGAAAGUGAUGGGAAACAGCGCCGGCGCCAAAAAUGGGGGCUUGCUUUCAUUUGAAGGCCCGCAGUACCAACAAUGGCUGCAACCGAUCGCAGAAGUGAUUAUCAUAAUGCAGGCGAUUUCCACGCGAUCUUCUUCCUUUUAUGCAAGGGAAUAAGUACUAGGAAAAAAUGAAAAAAGGAAUCAAUGACACUUGAUUCGCGUAAUCUUUUUCGGUCUUCGCUGAUUCUGUCCGAUCGAACGAGUAAUUCUUCCGAUCCUGAAAUCAGGAAUCGUUUCUGAAUACUGAGAGUAAGAGUAAUGGAGAGUGGAUAGAUGACCAUGGAAUCCGCUUCGUUCUCGCGCAAUCGUUGCACGUUCGUUGAUUAGGUUACUCUGUGACUGAAUCCACUUGAAAUAAAAUUCUUCGUGGUUUGCUUAUUGACUCUGAAGUCAACUCUGCGCCUUUAUUUAUUUAUUUUAUUACUUGUCGCUUCCGAGGCUUUUCUGGCCCUUUAUAAAUCUACAAGUGUUGGUUGCAAUCUGAAACCUAGUUAUCUGUUAGCACCAUUCGCUUGAAGUUGCAAACUACCUCCAUUUUUUUUCUCCUCACAAUGGCCCAGCAGAGUUCUGUCCCAACAAGUUCGGAUCCUCCUCCAUUUGACCCAACUGAACCGUCUACUCCUAUUGCUUUCCCAAUCAAAACUCUUGAGGAUCUUGAGUCAAGGGCUUACUUCAAAUCAUUUCACUACCCAUUUAAUAGAUCCACGGUUGCUCUUCAACCAGUGCCGUUGCCUGACAGGCGUAGGAUGCUUGUGUGCCAUGAUAUGGCUGGUGGAUAUAAAGACGAUAAAUGGGUUCAGGGAGGAACUAACCCAGAUGCUUAUGCAAUAUGGCAUUGGUAUUUGAUCGAUGUUUUUGUGUACUUCUCACAUGAUUUGGUCACGCUUCCACCUCCAUGUUGGACGAAUACAGCUCACAGGCACGGUGUCAAGGUGCUAGGGACUUUUAUUCUGGAAGGAGGGGGAGAGGCUGCUCGUGAUACCUUGCUUUCAACAAACGAAUCUGCUCAAAUGUAUGCGGAGCGCUUAACUGAGCUUGCUAUUGCAUUAGGAUUUGAUGGAUGGCUGAUGAACAUGGAAAUCAGUAUGAAUUCUCAGCAAAUUCCUUAUUUGAAAGAAUUUGUCAGCCAUUUAACUCAGUCUAUGCAUUCUAAGCUACCGGGGUCUUUAGUUAUAUGGUAUGACAGUGUAACCGUAGAUGGUAAACUUGACUGGCAAGAUCAAUUGAAUGAGAAAAAUAAACCUUUCUUUGAUAUAUGCGAUGGAAUAUAUGUAAACUAUGGUUGGAAAGAAGAUACUCCUAAAAGUUCUGCUGCUGCUGCUGGAGAGAGAAAGUAUGAUGUAUACAUGGGCAUUGAUGUUUUUGGGAGAGGUACUUAUGGUGGUGGAGAAUGGAAUACAAAUGUUGCACUGGAUGUUCUGAGAAAGGAGGAUGUUUCGGCAGCCAUAUUUGCUCCUGGAUGGGUGUACGAGCACAAGCAGGAAACAGAUUUUCAGACUGCUCAAAAUAAAUGGUGGAAUCUUGUGAAGAAAUCAUGGGGAAUAGUGCAAAGCUACCCAAAACUACUACCAUUCUACUCGAAUUUUGAUCAGGGUCAUGGUUAUCAUGUUUCCAUAGAUGGUGAACAAAUAUCAGAUGCUAAGUGGAACAACCUGUCCAGUCAAGGGUUCCAGCCUAUACUUGAGGUGACUGAUGCUUCAACUUCACAUUCUAUUCGAGCUUAUUUAAAUUUUAAGGAAGCCUACAAUGGGGGAGGAAGCAUUGCAUUGGAAGGGACUCUCGAGCGAAAUUGCUACACCGAAAUACAACUCUUUCAAGGAGAGCUUGUUUUGGACGAACUUCCUUUGAAAUUCAUGUAUUCUUCAAAAACAAACGGGGAUUCUCAACUAGGCCUUUCGUUGGAGUUUCUUUCUAGCACAAAUAAGAGAAAGCUACUACUUGCCCCCAGCACUAUAAAGAAAUUCUCAAAUGAUUUUUCUGAAGUUAUUGAAACAACUACACUGGAAUUGCCUGGACUUUCUCCUGACUGGUUCGUUCAGGUGGGCAGCAUUCAAAUGAAUGGAUACAAACUGACAAAUAUAAAUAUUUUAUGCUACAGAUCAAGCCAUGAAAAUGAUGAACCAAGCCACAAAUCUGGACUGGUUGAUAAAAAUAAUACACCAGAUGGCAAUUCAUCAUCUGAAUACUUUGCAAUGCUUGGUAAUAUCACUUUACGAUCUCAUGAGGAACCCGGUCUCCCUCCCUAUAAUUCAUGGCUAGUUGAAGGUCAAUAUAUUAAAUGGACUCCAAGUCCAGAGGGAACAAGGAACCUUGACAUUAAGAUCAUUUGGAAGUUGAAAGACAGCAGAAGCCAUACUGUGUAUGAACAUUACAAUAUCUAUGUGAUAAAAGUAGGCGAAAAAGGCGAAAAAGGCGAAAAAGGCGAAAACUGUCUUGGAGAACUACAUAAUGUUCCAGAGUAUCUUGGGGCGACUCAUGUGGAAGCUUUUUAUGUUUCUAACCUUGCAGUUCCUUCCAGCACCUCAGGUCUCAAAUUUAUGAUCCAAGUUUGUGGAGUGGAUGGGAGCAGCCAGAGGUUGGAGGACUCUCCAUUUCUGUAUUUGGAUGUGGAAGGUUCACGUGGUCCUCCUUUCUACGCAAAUCUUUGGAGAUGGUUUGAAAGUGUUCUGAAAACAGUUUUCUGGUUCUUUUUUCUCGGUUAAAUUAUACAAAAUAUUCGGGUAGAUUUCAAUUAUGGUAGAUUUUGAAAAGUUUUGUUAUUACUCU